GCAAGUUUUCCUUUAAACUACCAACCAUGUGUGGACGAUAUGCCCUAGGUCUACAGCGUGCUGAAAUACGCGCUUUACCUGGAUACUCCAACAUUGAAAUUGGCGAAUGGGUGAACGAAGGCAAUUUCGUGCCCCGUUACAACAUUGCACCAAACUCUCAGGCGCCCGUCAUUCGCAGGCGUAAUGCUUCUUCACUCGACCUUCAAAUGCAGACCAUGCGAUGGGGCAUCCCUUAUGGUAGGGUUCAUGCAAAAGGUCAACAAGCCAUCAAUGCACGCUCGGAAAACAUCAUGGAAGGCGCAGGAAUGUGGAAAAAAUACAGAAGCAGCAAUCGCUGUGUUGUUGUUAGCCAGGGAUACUACGAAUGGCAGACAAAGGGCAAUUCCAAGCUCCCACACUUCACGAAACAUGCCGAUGGGAAGGUAAUGCUUAUGGCUGGACUCUAUCACGUCUCAGAUGAAACUAUCCCAAACUACGUUUUUGCUAUAAUUACAACGAACGCCAGCCCGUCACUUAGUUGGCUGCACGACCGCCAACCUGUCAUUCUUAUAUCCGACGCCGACGUCACUAGGUGGCUUGAUACAAGCUCGAAUGCUUGGUCCGCUGAACUUGGCAAACUGUUACAGCCGACUGAGGGUCUAAUAUGCUAUCAAGUUCCAAAGGACGUCGGAAAAGUUGGUGCCGAGUCUCCCGCCUUUAUCCAGCCUGUUGCAACACGCAGAGACGGUAUCAAGGCUAUGUUCGCAAAGCAACGCACCAGAUAUGAGGGACAUAAGGAUUGCAUCAAGCGCAAGCGUAGUCCAUCUCCAGCUAUGUCAUCAGUGCAAUCUGAACCAAUCGGGAAGAGGAAUGGGAAUCAUAAGAUAGAAUGUAAAAAGUUCAAAAUUGAAUAACUUGUUGUGGAUGUAUCUACGUAUUAUUAUCCUAUUGGAUUUGAAGUCAUACAUAUGUCAUAACCCU